UCCCGUUCUGCUCAGUUACCGGGCGGCCGCACAUAGGAUACCAACUUUAAAAAAAAUCCAUAUCUUAACUUUUCUUGUCCAUGUUCCGUAGUAGUUAAUUUAAUCUGUUGGCUAUGAUGAAGUGGGGAGCAGCUGAUUUGGGGGUGACAUGGACAUUGUUCUCUCUGUUCUUCAACUUUUCUGUCACCAACGGACAAAAUCCGCCGAACUACAACCUUUUCCAAGGAGCUGCGUACCAGGGCGCGAGACACCGACAGUCACAGAGGAAUAGGAACUGGUGUGCAUAUGUGGUCCAUAAGAACGUGAGCUGUACCGUCCAGGGGAAUGUGGAGAGCUUUGUGGAGCCUGAGGUGGCACCGUGCCCAAACCAUGACCCAGACUGUGAGCAACAAGUGAUGUAUCGGACGCGGUUCCGGCCGGCCUAUAAGAUCGCCUAUAAGACGGUGACAGACCUGGAGUGGAGGUGUUGCCCUAGUUACCAGGGACCAGACUGCUCUGAGCUGAAGGCUGCUCUUAACAGACAGACAGUACCAGCAGGGUCUCAGCCCCACCAGACCCAGUACCCUAACAGACAGACAGUACCAGCAGGGUCACAGCCACCCCAAACCCAGUACCCAAACAGACAGACAGUGCCAGCAGGGUCACAGCCUCACCAGAACCAGUACCCUAACAGACAGACAGUGCCAGCAGGGUCACAGCCACACCAGACCCAAAACUCUGGGGAAGCACCACACUACCCCCAGACCAGAUCCAUCCUUGGACAGACCAGACACCCACAGAGGCCAGAGAGGAGGGAGACGGGGGUGUACGAGGGGAGGCAUGGAGGAGCAGACAGAGACAGGGUGCGUCUCCUGGAGGGGGAGGUGCAGCGCCUCUCCCAAACAGUGGGGGCGCUGCAGGAUGCAAUGACUGGGCUGAGCUCCACUCUGAGAUCUGACCUGCAGGAGGACACCUCCAAGAUGCUGGUCACCCUGCUCAACAACCUCCGCGCUGUGACCCCCGACAGUGUCCACGCCCCCGAUAUAGAGCAGGCCGCAGUACCAUCAGACAACCACCAGGGGUCAGUGAUCGACGGGCACCAGGCCACCAGGGGGCCAGUCCAGGGGGACAGGGGGCUGGAAAAGGUCCUGGCCAGGUUGGAUGAUGUCAACACCUCUCUGAAGAGUAAAGAGGAGGCUCUGGAGGAGCUGAGAGGUACCGUGACCUCACACAGCGGUCAUAUCCGCCUGCUGCUUGAUGCCUCUCAGACACAGCAAGACCCUGUUGGGGGUGGAGCCCCUGCUGACCUGGAGGAGCUACUAGAGAAAUACAUGGACAGGCAGCUGGGCUUCCUGAGGAAGAACAUGGAGGACAGCAUGGAGAGAACGAUAGAAGAGAGGAUAGGGAAGGAGGUGGAGAAGCUGCAGAAAUCCUGUGAUGGAAGGAUCCAGUUGAUGGAGAGGAGGUGUGAGGAGGAGCGGGAGAGAGGACUGCUCAGUCUGACUGAGAUGGUGGACAAGGAGGAGCAGCUAAAGGAAGAGAUCAGGGAGUUGAGACUGGACAUCACUGCUUCCGACCAGCCCGGCCGGACACUCAGACAGACUGACCCCAAACCUAAUGUUAGACAGACUGAUCCCAAACCCAGCCUUAGACAAACUGCCCCUGCCAGACAGACCGACCUGGCUAGACAGGAUAACCAGCCUCCAGGUAUCCUACCAGCUGUCCAGCGUGGUAACCUCUCUGACCUGUGGAGGGAGCUGGAGCGUGUGGCGGAGGCCCAUCACGUCCUGAAUGCCCGCAUGGACAAUGAGCUGCAGUACCUGUCCUCUCCAUGGGGGGAGCUAGAGGGAAAGGGGUUAGAGGUGGAGGGGUUAGGACUAGAGGGAGAGGUGGGGUCUCGGCUGGAGGAGUUAGAGGCGCGUCUGAAUGUGACAGAGCAGAACGCGGAGGUCCACUGUUUCUACGUGGAGGAGAAGCUGACCCGGGCAGUAGCCGAGCAGGGGACGGAGCUACGACAGCUGCUGGAGGAACGAGUAAACGUACUGGAAGACCAGUUUACCACCAUGCUGGUCGAGAUGAACAACGAGUCAUAUCCUGUUGGAGGAGGAGGGAGCGUGGACCUUCAGGCUGAGUUGAACAACAACAAGUUUCUUCUGCAGGGUCUGGAUGACAAGGUGACCGCUGUGGCUGAGCUCUGUGCUACCGGCUGUGGUGGAGGACCUAACACCGGAGGGUUUCCCAACACCAACCCUGGAGCUUCCUCCCACCCUGUUCUUCUGGACAGUGUGGUGAAGGACCUGAAGCUCUGUUGUAACGAUCUGGAUAUUCUCCACACGGAUGUGACGGCCAACUCUGACAAACUGAGAGAGCUGGAGGAGAUUAUAGACAGGCAAAUGGCAGGGCAGAAGCGGAGCUUUAAGACGGUGGAGGACCUCCAGAGGGGGAUGGUAAUCCUGCAGGACAAUGUGGGGGGUCUGGGGGGGGCAGUGACAGGGCUGGGGGACUCUCUGAGCAGGUACACCCAGGACCUCACCAGGAUUAACACCACCUACAACACCUGCUGCCAGGUUGGGGCAGGGUUCAAAGCAGGGGCCCGGCCAGGGGAAGGGUUUGGUGCCACUACCAUCGGUCCAGGCAGGAUCCAGAGUGCAUCUGAGGGUGUAAUGGUCCCCAGAGGAGAGGUGGAGGGAAGCAGCCAGGUGGAGGAGUUGAGAACCAAACUCGACAACCUCACUAACCAGGUGCAGACAGAGCUUCAGCGUUGCUCUGGUGUGUCUGGGGUGGAGGGGCGUGUCCAGCGCCUGGAGAAAGUGUGUGUUCAGCUGGACGGGGUGUCGGCCAGGGUGCGGGGGGUGAAGGAGGGGUUGGAGAAGCACGUCGCUGGGCUGUGGCACCACGUCAGCCGGGUCAACACCAUGCUGGAAAGACAGGCUGCUGACAUCACCACCCUAGAGACCUCCCUAAAGACACUACAGACCAGGAGCACUGACACCAACACCAGGGAGACAGAUGCUGUGAGACCUGGUUCUGUCCCAGACCAGACCAGAACCAGAGUUAACCAGAUCCACAUUCCCCACAGGACCCCCCCUGACUUGCCCCCCCAGACCCCCAGGCAACCCUACAACCCCAGACAGCCAGCCAGUCCACGCCAGCCUACCAACCCUCUACAGCCCAACACCCACCGCCAACCUAACCAACCAACUCUGUACCUGGUGCCACAUAAGCCUAACCAGCCAGGCCAGCCCACUGUCAUCCUCGUACCCCAUCCUAACCAACCUAACCAACCAUCCAACCCUAACCAACCCUUCUUAACGAUGGUACCUCGCCAGCCCUCCAGCCCCCACCAGCCCAGCCCCCCGUCUAACCCUUCCGGUCAGCCGCAUCGGGUCCUGGAGGUGGGAGAGGCUGGUCCACCAGGCUACAUGAGGAGGGUAACAGUCAGGAGAGGAUCAGAUGACUCAUCCUCAACACCUGUUAAAGGAUUCGCUGGAGCACCAGGAUACAACCCUCCCGUGAAGCCAGUCUACUUCAACAAACAUGAGACGAUCCCAGUAGCUGCCAAGGUCCCCUGGAACCCAGCGUCACAGACCCCACUAGUCACACCAGUGUCUUCAGACAGUAGUUUCCUGGCAGACCCCUUCUCCUUCUCUGCUGGCCUGACCGCUCAGUUCUCUGGGGAGUUUGGAAUCAUCGUCUUCAACAAGGUGCUGGUCAACGAUGGAGGACACUACAACUCUCACACAGGUAUCUUCACGAUACCGAUGGAAGGGCGUUACCUGAUCUCAGGAGUUCUGAUGGCUCGGCAGGGACUGGAGGCUGUUUUGUCUGUCUCCAACCGUAGUGUCCAUAGGCUGAUGAGCUCCGCGUCUGGAGCAGGGACAGUGGCCCAGGACAGUUGUCCCUGUGGAGGCUCUGUCUCGUUCAGCCUGAUCCUGUCUCUGAGGCAAGGGGACCACGUAGCUCUGGUCCGGACCGCAGGACAGCUGGCCACCACAGAGUCCAGAGACAUCCUAUCAACAUUCAGCGCCAUUUUCCUCUAUGCCCCGCAGCCAAUCACCAGAUAGUUACCACUGGGCCAACCAAUCACACAGCAAGGACUUGGUCAUGUACAUUCCACAACCAAUCAGAAAGCAGGAAUACAUUUAAACAGACACCAGAAAUCCAAUCACCUGCAACCCUGCAGUUGUUCAGAAUAAUGAUUUGUAUCAUAGAUAUAGAUAUUCACCAUGUAAAAAGUAAUUCUAUGCUCACCUUUUUACUGAACGAUUAUGCCAAAGAUAUCAACAAAUAUUAAGUGGUCAUUCAUGUAUUUGACAAUAUAGAUGUCUGCUUUUUUUUCUACCUUUUAUUUUAAAACAUUUUCCUAAAUUAACAUUUAUAAAAUGAUAUAUGUACUUUGUUUUCUUUGAAAAAAAUGUCAGAGGGAACAGACCACCAUAUAGUUUAUUCAGUAUUCCAUACCACAUCCUGUUAGAUUCAUCUGUUUUACAGGUUAUUCAGUAUUCCAUACCACAUCCUGUUAGAUUCAUCUGUCUUACAGGUUAUUCAGUAUUCCAUACCACAUCCUGUUAGAUUCAUCUGUUUUACAGGUUAUUCAGUAUUCCACAUCCUGUUAGAUUCAUCUGUUUUACAGGUUAUUCAGUAUUCCAUACCACAUCCUGUUAGAUUCAUCUGUUUUACAGGUUAUUCAGUAUUCCACAUCCUGUUAGAUUCAUCUGUUUUACAGGUUAUUCAGUAUUCCACAUCCUGUUAGAUUCAUCUGUUUUACAGGUUAUUCAGUAUUCCAUACCACAUCCUGUUAGAUUCAUCUGUUUUACAGGUUAUUCAGUAUUCCAUACCACAUCCUGUUAGAUUCAUCUGUUUUACAGGUUAUUCAGUAUUCCACAUCCUGUUAGAUUCAUCUGUUUUACAGGUUAUUCAGUACCACAUCCUGUUAGAUUCAUCUGUUUUACAGGUUAUUCAGUAUUCCACAUCCUGUUAGAUUCAUCUGUUUUACAGGUUAUUCAGUACCACAUCCUGUUAGAUUCAUCUGUUUUACAGGUUAUUCAGUAUUCCAUACCACAUCCUGUUUAGUUUCAUCUGUCUUACAGGUUAUUCAGUAUUCCAUACCACAUCCUGUUAGAUUCAUCUGUUUUACAGGUUAUUCAGUAUUCCACAUCCUGUUAGAUUCAUCUGUUUUACAGGUUAUUCAGUAUUCCAUACCACAUCCUGUUAGAUUCAUCUGUUUUACAGGUUAUUCAGUAUUCCACAUCCUGUUAGAUUCAUCUGUUUUACAGGUUAUUCAGUAUUCCACAUCCUGUUAGAUUCAUCUGUUUUACAGGUUAUUCAGUAUUCCAUACCACAUCCUGUUAGAUUCAUCUGUUUUACAGGUUAUUCAGUAUUCCAUACCACAUCCUGUUAGAUUCAUCUGUUUUACAGGUUAUUCAGUAUUCCACAUCCUGUUAGAUUCAUCUGUUUUACAGGUUAUUCAGUACCACAUCCUGUUAGAUUCAUCUGUUUUACAGGUUAUUCAGUAUUCCAUACCACAUCCUGUUUAGUUUCAUCUGUCUUACAGGUUAUUCAGUAUUCCAUACCACAUCCUGUUAGAUUCAUCUGUUUUACAGGUUAUUCAGUAUUCCAUACCACAUCCUGUUAGAUUCAUCUGUUUUACAGGUUAUUCAGUAUUCCAUACCACAUCCUGUUAGAUUCAUCUGUUUUACAGGUUAUUCAGUAUUCCAUACCACAUCCUGUUAGAUUCAUCUGUUUUACAGGUUAUUCAGUAUUCCAUACCAAAAAACUGUUACCAUUAGUAAAACAGUAGGGUUGAUUCAUUCCUUCACGUAUGUUGUCAAUAAACCCAUUUGA